AUGCAAGGCAUACUGCUGAGAAGGCUUAGCACUUUUUCAGUUUUAGGAAAUAUGGCAGGGAUCAAAAAGUGGAGCGAAGUGGCAACAGCUGCUGAAUUGACAAAAUCAAACAAUCCGCUUGCUAAACUUAUUGCCAUUGAUAAGGGCGACAUCACUAAGUUUCAAGUUGACGCCAUCGUUAACGCUGCCAAUAGCUCACUUUUGGGUGGUGGCGGUGUUGAUGGAGCCAUUCAUCGUGCUGCAGGCCGAUGUUUGUAUGAUGAAUGUAAAAAGCUGAAUGGUUGCAAAGUUGGGGAAGCUAAAAUGACAGGUGCUUAUGACAUGAAGCACAUUAAAAAUGUAAUACACACGGUGGGACCUCAAGUUCACUCUGGGGUUUCCGAAGAGCAGCGAAAUUUGUUGAAGUCUUGCUACAUUAAAUCCCUCAAUAUUGCUAUUGCGAAUAAUUUGAGAACUAUUGCUUUUCCAUGUAUCUCAACGGGCGUGUAUGGUUAUCCAAAUGAUGAAGCUUGUGACGUCGUUGUUACCUCUGUUUUGGCAUGGUUGCAAGAAAAUAAAGACAAAAUUGAUAGAAUAAUCUUCGUUACAUUUUUGGACAAAGACUAUGAUUUGUACGAAAAAUGCCUGAAAGAAAGGCUGACUUAA